AUGCAACUACACCCUGUAUCGGCCUCUCUGUCAGGUCUCACGCUCUCUGCGUACAGCGAAGAUGACAUACGGAAACUAGCUACUUGCCGCGUUGUCACGGAGCAAGGACUUGAUAAUGUCGGCCUUCCUAUCCGGGGAGGUUACUACGAUCCAGCAAUGGGCCCCCGGCUUUUCUACGAUGUUUGUGAGACAUGCGGUCUUCGGUGGAAACACUGUCCAGGACACGCAGGAUAUGUUGAACUCCCGGUUUAUUGCUACAAUCACUUCUUCUUUCGUUAUACCUUACAACUAUAUAAGCUUGUGUGUCAUUCUUGCCACAGAUUUCUUAUAACGGAGUUGCAGGCGCUAACCAUUGAAACAGGCCUACUUUUGUUGGAUGCAGGGCUAGUGUGUGAUAUGCACCAGAUCUUUUCCAUCCUCAGAGGUACAUCGCACACUUCCCUUGCAUUAACUCUGGCAAAGCUUCGACAGAAGGCGUAUGACUAUCUCUCACACAGCCGUCCAGUCCAGUAUACGUCCUCAAUCAUAAUGCUCAGAAAUCAGCUUCAGACUUUCCUACUACAGCUCAAGCCACCAGCUGCCUGCCCUCACUGUGCAUCCCCCUUUACGCAAGCAGUGAAGCGUAGUGCAUUCAACAUUUACCUCAUUCCUCCAAAGACUAGGCAACUUCGGUCCUCAUCAAGAAAGCAGAAAAAGCAGGUACCAGCAGAGACUAAGCCGGUUGCGCAAGGCCAGGACUCCACUGAAGAUAAGGAAAUCUCGAAGCCAGAUAAGCAGGUUGUUUUGUCUGAUAUGCUUUACUGUACGCCCAUCAUGGUGCUUAGAGAACUCAAUGCCGCUGUGGCUAAGAAUCAACAUCUCUUUGACCUUUUAUUUGGUGAACCUAUCUAUCACAGCUCAGAAGCUUCAGCGGACAGGGCCGGUGCGACGACACCAAACUACGAUCCAGACUAUGCCUUCAUGCGCUCUGUAGCAAUAAAGAAUAUUAUAGGUGAUGCUGGUUGUGAGCUGUCCUUCCCUCAAUAUCGAAAGAAGUUCCUUCCUAGCACAUUGUUUAUAAAGACUCUCCUAGUUCCGCCCAAUCGCCAGCGCCCCUCACUAAUGCUUAAUCAAGCGUUCAUAGAUCAUCCAAUGAACACUCACCUGCUUGCGAUUCUAACAAUUUGCAAUACCAUAGAGCAGCUCAGGAGCAGUCCUGAGCUUGCUGAGUUUGUUUCAAAGCAUGCCCUAGACGAUAUCAACGUGCGUGCAAGCCACGUGCCAUCCUCGGUAACCGAUGGAAUAGACGAGUUAGGAGGCAUAGGAAUGUUCCGCACAGAUAGAUAUAACUUUGUCAAGGAUCCAGAGCUUCUUGCCAACGGGAUGGUAGAGCUAUCAACUUCUCAGAAGCCUGUCCCAGAAGCGCUUGUUGAAGCUAUGCUUAUUCUUCAGCUGCAUGUUUCGCGGUAUCUAGACGGAACAGUGCUUUCAAAAACUAUCUUCUCCAGCGGAAUCAAGCAGUUGCUUGAGAAAAAAGAGGGUCUUUUUCGGAUGAACAUUAUGGGAAAGCGUGGGAACUACGCUGGCCGUUCCGUUAUUGCUCCUGAUGCUAAUUUGGACACAGAUGAGAUAGGCCUGCCUGAGUACUUUGCCAAGAAGCUCACCUUCCCAGAGCCAAUCAACGAGUACAAUGUGGAGCUCAUGGCUCGACUGAUUAUCAAUGGCCCAACAUACCCCGGUGCAUCCUUGCUUAUUGAUGAAAGUGGGUCUCGCGUGCUUCUUACACAGCUUUCUUAUGAGCAGCGAAAGGCUCUUGCACACACCCUACUCGUCGACUUCAGCAGGGAGCCAGUCGCUCCUACUGUCGAAGAAUCAGAAGAAGUCCAGGCCGCCCUUGACACCAAUCCGGCGCUGCAGAAUAUGCGGUCUUACGAUCUGCGUGGAAUGAAAACAUCCUUUGCAGACACUCUUAAGCCCCCGAAGAUUCUGUUACGACAUACACUGCCGAAUGACUUUGUUAUCCUGAACAGGCAGCCCACACUACACAAGCACUCAAUGAUUGCUUUACGCGUUCGCGUCUUACCCAGCAAUGCGCAAACUCUUCGGUUUCAUUUUGCUUCUUGCAAGGGUCUAAACGCGGACUUUGAUGGGGACGAGUGCUGCGUCCUCAAGCCGCAGACCCAUGAGGCGGCCUCAGAGUAUGCCAACUUGGUCCACGCCGACGCUCAUUUUAUCUCUGUUACAUCUGGAGAGCCUAUCCGGGGUCUCAUUCAAGAUCACGUGAUCGGGGGUAUUUUUCUCUGCUCCAUGGGGACGUUCCUCGAUUUUGGGUCACUCUGUGAGUAUAUCAUGGUAGCCACUGGAAGUAAUAAGCUUUCAAGCUUCGAGCAGUCAUCUUUGCAAAGUCGCUCAAAGGAGCAACUCUUGGGGCUAGACCUGAUCUCGAAACAAACGACCACAGAAAAUGUAUUUGGCUCUUUGAGUGACAUGAAGUAUAUGGGUGUGGCAAAGAACAAGACAGUCAUGCGUGCAAAGUCCGACGUUAACAUUGCAUUAGGCAGAAAAUAUGGAGCAUCCAAGCUGCAAUCAGAGAGACCUAUCGAUGUCGGUAGCUUAGUAUCAAGUGCUCAGCCUGUGUCUAGACAUCCAGCUUCGUUCUUCGAGGACUAUCCCCUUUCUGACGCAACUUCUGUGCCACAACUCACAGACAUGGGCGCAUAUGACGGGUUUCAUACCCACCUUACACCUGCUAUUAAACCAUCAGCCAGGUCAGAAGAAGUCAACGCAUUUUCAACUUGCAAAGUGACGGUCAUUCCAGACCAGCAUCUUUUCACCAAAGAGAAUGAGGAUUUCAUGUUCGUUCCUCAGCCAGCUAUUGUCUAUCCUGUUGCACGUUGGACCGGAAAGGCGGUCAUCAGCUCAAUGCUGCACAAGGUCUCUUGUCAACGAGAACCAAUAAAUUACACUGGAAGCAUCAAAAUACCUACAGAUAUAUGGGGUCCUUUUCGGGAGACAGAGGCAAGACUUGUCAUCAUAAACAACACCCUUCUAACAGGAAUAGUAGACAAGCAGCAUAUUGCCACCGUACCGCACGGCUUAGCACAUGCAGUCUUCGAGCUUUAUGGACAUAACAGGUGUGGAUGGUUCUUAAGCAACUUCGGACGAUUGGCUACCUAUGUUCUUCAGCGGCACGGGUUCACCUGUUCAGUUGAGGACAUGGUAUUGCGUGACACGGCUGAGAAAGCCCGCUAUAAGCUGUGUGACGAUGUCCUUGCCAGUGGGGCUAUUCGCACGGCUGAAUUUCUUUGCGAAUACCUCACUUUGACAGGGUUAUUAGGUAACCUUGAAGCUAGUGAUGCUAGCUUUCUCAUGAAGUUUGCAGAAAAAGGAUCUGUUGGCUUGAAGGCGCUAUCAGAGAAGGAUCGUCUUCGUAUCUAUAGCAUUUUACGAGACUCACUAUCACUAGACACCACUAUAGAGGCGCGUUUAGAUAACCACAUCAGCAAUGAAGCCAAUCUGAUUACCACAAACCUCAUGAAGAUCUGCAGUCCAUCCAAUCUUACCCUAAAGAUGCGCUCAUCCAUCUCUGGCAACAACCCAUAUGGAACACCUAGAAUAGUAACGCCAUCUAGAGCCUACCUGUGCAGCAGAAACAUGGCGUCACAGAAGUCCAUCAACUGCUUGGCAUAUAUGGUUCUCAGCGGAGCAAAGGGCUCUACCGUUAACCUCCAGAUGAUGACGACCUGUCUUGGUCAGCAGAACCUUGAAGGACGUCGCGUGCCGUCAACACAAACAGGAAAGACUCUUCCGUCGCACAUCCCAUAUGAGCACUGUGAGCUUGUUCAGGGAGGGUAUGUAAUUGAUCGAUUCCUGACGGGUAUUCGUCCAUCAUCAUUUUUCUUCCACUGCCAGGCAGGCCGUGAAGGCCUCAUUGACACAGCCAUUAAAACAGCCAGCUCUGGAUAUUUCCAGCGUGUGCUCGUCAAGAACUUGGAGGGAUUGGUUGUUGCGUACGAUGGUACGGUACGUCGCAGUGAUAACAUGCUGGUUCAACUGCUCUAUGGAGGUGAUGGUGUCGAUACCACCAAGACCUCAUACUUACAAGAAUUUGAAUUCAUGUACCAAAAUCAGAAGCUUUACAUAGACCGCUUCAUCCCAGAUAUGUUUUACGAUGGUAGAUAUCUUUCUGAUAGCGAGGCGGUUACUUCCCUUGCCAAGCAAGUGCGUCAUGACAUGAAGCAUGGAAAGCAGCCGACCGAUAAAUGGCAGGCCCUUCGCGGACUGUAUGAACGUUACACAGGUGCGUCACUGCGCACUUCCUUUGAGAACCUCAUUCACAAUUCCAAUAGGCUGGCCUCUGCUUUACGAGAACGGCACGAGGUGCACAACAGUAACCUUGCACGGUCGCAUAAUCUCAUAUCAACUUUGAACAGCAAGGCCUGCGAGCUUGUUGAGAAGUACGUUACACUCUAUAAGAAGGGGCUUGAUGAGGCAAACCUCGUUACUGAAACGCACAUUCUUCAACCCACAAACAAGGAGCGUGACAAGCUGGUGAAAUACUUAAAGGCAAUAUAUCUUCCGGAGACCUCCAAGCACAAUAAGGACACUCUUUUCGACCACAUGACAAUUCAGGACUUGGCAGAAAUGUACACUGCGUUCCAGGAAAUCCCUAUUCACAUGAUUCUAUCCCCGUACCUCUAUCUAGGCUCUACUUCCCCAAGCUUCUCCAAGGCUCUUAAUGAGUACAUCUCUCAGAAGCAAAGCGAAAAGCAGACACAGGCGAUGGGCGGCCUCAGCUUUGACUCCGCCUAUUUCAAGCUCUUAGCAUACACCAAGUUUAUUCGCAGCCUUGUUGCUCCUGGGAGUGCUGUGGGUGUUAUCGCAGCCCAAAGCACGGGCGAGCCAUCCACUCAGCUAACCUUGAACACUUUCCACCUUGCUGGUCAUGGAGGAGUCAAUGCAACGAUGGGUGUUCCAAGGCUGAGGGAGAUCAUCAUGACACGGAACACGUCGUCCCCCAUCAUAACGAUGUCGUUCAAGGAUAAGCAUCGAGUUUCUGUUCUCAAAGGAGACUCCCUCCAUCACAAGACCGUCAGCCUAGGCCCUAACGAAACUAUGAGGGCGUGCAAAAGCCUUCAGCAGCAAUUACGAAAGAUCUAUCUUCGCGACGUGCUUCGGAGCUUUGUCCUCAGAGAAUGCCCUAUCUCUGACGGGUCGGUACGCUACGAGCUUACCAUGAAGCUGCUGACUCUUUCUGAAUUGUUGCAUGAAUUUAAUUUCAACGUGGUUGUCUUGAAGAAGCUCUUCGCCGUUGCCAUUCCAAAGCAUUUAGCUCGUGUGCUUACAAAGGAAGUGCUUGCGCACAAGGCGACGAUCCAGAGCCUUCAAAAUAAGCUCCCGUCGGACACGUCGUUUCCCGAGUAUGUUGAGAAGGUAGCAGGCCCGCGGAACUCUACUGGUAAAGAGGAUAGUGACGCCCAGGAAGAUACUUCUAAGGAGAAUAGCAGUGUAAGUAACCCAACCGACUCCGAGCCUAACCUGGACACAGAUGCCUCUGAUACUACUGAUUCCACCCAACAUGCGCAAGAACAACACGAUACUGAAGAAUCUGCGCUUCACGCAGAAACAGACCCCUCACUCAACGAUAUAGACCAACAUAGAGGACAUGAAGCGUUAAGCCUUAUCGAUUCUAAUAUUAACCUCAGCGCAAAGGCCAAGGACUUUCUAAAAGAAUGGGUCUUUCCCGAUAUUGACAAGCUUAUUGAAGUGGCACAAAAGGCCGUCAACACUACUUGCAUUACUCUUAAACGCAUCAGCUUCACACUAGAGGACACUGCGUUGGGCGUCUCACCAGAUCAACUGCCUCUCUCUGUCACUAUUCAGUUCGUCAACAGCGACCCGAGCCAUGUGAUUGCGUUGGCCACCAUCGAAAAAGCGAUCCGCUCACUCGUGCUGAAGGAGGUACGUGGCAUUACCAGGUGCUUCAUCAGAUACGAGCUUCCUGCAGAUCGCUACGUCAUGGACAUUGAAGGUGGGAAUCUGCGGGCUCUGUUUUACCUUAGCAAUCCUUUCAUCAACUUCGAUAAUAUUUAUACUAACAAUAUCAGCCAGAUCUUCGAAAUUUACGGGAUUGAAGCAGCAAGAAAUGCUAUCAUUGAGGAAAUCCAUCGAGUGUUCAGCACAUAUCACAUUGAGGUCGACGAACGCCACCUUUCGUUGAUAGCAGAUAGUAUGACCCUGUCGGGAUGCGUCCGAGGGCUGAACCGUCUUGAAAUGCGGCACCAAACAGAAGAACUCCUGAAGGCCAGCUUUGAGUCGGCAUGCACCUCUCUUGCCGCAGGAGCACUGACCUCUGGGUUUGACUCACUGCGGGCUCCCGCCGGUGCUGUUACGGUGGGCCAAUACCCCUCUCAAGGCACUGGAAGCUUCGAUCUUCUGACUCAGCUAUAA